AUGCCUCCCCGCGACGCCAAUUGGAUAGAUGGCCUUCGCGGCAUCGCAUCCUUUAUGGUGGUCUCCGGUCACCUAUGUACUGCGCUGGUACCAUGGCUACACUCGCCCGCCAACAGCACCAAGGUCGCACCGCACCUCUUCCAGCUGCCCUUCUUCCGCCUGGCCGUCGGCGGUCGCAGCGCCGUCGCCAUAUUCUUCCUCGUCACGGGAUACGUGAAUUCCAUAGGGCCCAUCAGCAAGUCGCGCGCCGGCAACCAUGACGCCGCGUUUACGGGCAUUGCGAGGAGCGCUCUGGCGCGGUCCGGGCGACUUGUCCUCCCGACCAUGGUCGCGACCUUCAUCACCUGGUUCCUCGCCAACACGAACGCAUAUCACAUGACGAAGCAUGUCGACUCGACCUGGAUACGGCAGGGCUGGCAUCGACAGGAGCCAACGAUUUGGGAGGCGCUCAGGUCCCUGAUCAAGGCGCAGACAGAAACGUGGACAAUUGGGUGGAACGACUAUGACGGCACGCAGUGGACCCUGCAUCUGUUUCUCGAGGGCAGCAUGCUUGUAUACACGACCAUGUUCGCCACGGUGCUGGUCAAGCCCAAGGCGCGCAUGCUGAUCUACGCUGCACUGUACCUCUACUUCUGGCAGCUCGGCGAGGGUCUGGCCAUUGGCGCCCUAAAAGGCUUGAACAUUGUAAUGGGCAUGUUCGUUGCCGAAAUGCACAACCACUUCAAGGACUCCGCCACCUCGGUUCUACCCGCCCCAGUUCCCGCGCUCAUGAUCCUUCUCGGCAUGUUCUUGGCUGGCUAUCCUCAAGAUAACCCACACAACGCGCGUUGGUCACAUGUCAUGGAGCAGAUAAUGGCCAGCAUCACCGUCGAUAAAUCCGACGUCCGGCGAUACUGGGACCAUGUCGGAGCGUCCAUUGUAUUGCUCGGCGUUUUCUUCUCAGGAAACGCCCGCAAGGUGCUCUGCUCUCCCGUGUUCAAUUUCCUCGGCCGCGUCAGUUUCCCGGUCUAUCUGAUGCACAACACCAUGAUCAAGUCCGUCCUCACCUGGAUGAUCUACCUUCCGUCCGCGAUGAACCCGCCAAAGAACGAGAAAGGAGAGCUGCAGGAUCUACAGCGCGGCUCCACAACACAUGUCUUCAUCGCGAUAGCCAUCUUCUACUACAUCCUCUACAGAUGCGCAGCGCUCUGGGUCAAGCACAUUGACCCAAUAUGCGCGGACCUUGUCAACGCCGCGACCAAAUGGGCGACCGGCGCUUCUCAAACGAGAGAAGUUCGACCCAUACUCGGCAACGGCGCAGUCACCGACAAGACCGUUCUGCCAUCAUGACCUUCUCGACAUGCAAUUUUUUAGC